UCAAGAAAUGGAAGAAGUUUCAUCCUGCUCCCUCAGCAGCACUCUGUUCCAGCAGGAAAAACAGAACGGGGUUACCUAUCGAGUCCCAGCCCUGCUGUACAUUCCUCCCAGCCACACCUUCCUGGCCUUUGCAGAGAGUCGUACUUCAUGCAGAGAUGAGGAUGCUGCCUACCUGGUGCUCAGACGAGGGGUGAUGAAGGGGUGCUCUGUACAGUGGGGCCCCCAACAGCCACUGAUGGAGGCCACAUUACCUGGGCAUCGCACCAUGAACCCCUGCCCUGUGUGGGAGAAGAAUACUGGCCGUGUGUACCUGUUUUUCAUCUGUGUGCGGGGCCAUGUUACUGAGAGAUUCCAGAUUAUGUGGGGCAAGAAUGCUGCCCGUCUCUGCUUCCUUUGCAGUGAGGACGCCGGGUGCUCGUGGGGUGAAGUGAAAGACUUGACUGAGGAAGUCUUUGGUCAAGCAGUGAAGCACUUUGCCACGUUUGCUGUGGGCCCAGGCCAUGGCAUCCAGCUGCACUCAGGGAGGUUGAUCAUCCCCGCCUAUGCCUUCUAUAUCUCAUGCUGGUUCCUCUGCUUUCCAUGUUCAGUCAAGUCCCAUUCCCUGAUGAUCUACAGUGAUGACUUAGGAGUCACAUGGCACUGUGGCAAGUUCAUUAGGUCCCAAGUGACAGGGGAGUGCCAAGUGGCAGAAGUGUCUGGGACAGCCGGUAACCUUGUGCUCUACUGCAAUGCCAGAACACCAAACAGAUUCCGAGCAGAGGCUUUUAGUACUGAUAAUGGUGGCUACUUUCAGAAACCAACCCUGAACCCACAACUCCAUGAGACUUGCCGUGGCUGCCAAGGAAGUGUAGUGAGCUUCCGGCCUUUGAAGAUGCCAAACAUAUGUCAAGACUGGAGUGGUAAAGAUGCUCCUACUACUCACAAAUGCCCUCCGCUGGACAGUUCCCUGGAGGUGGAGGAAGGAGCUGGAGCACCAUCAGGAACGUGGCUCUUGUACUCACAUCCAACUAGCAAGAAGAAGAGAAUUAACCUAGGCAUCUACUACAACCGGAACCCCUUGGAGGUGAACUGCUGGUCCCACCCGUGGAUCUUGAACCGUGGGCCCAGUGGCUACUCUGAUCUGGCUGUUGUGGAAGAACAGGGCUUGUUGGCAUGUUUGUUUGAGUGUGGGGAGAAGCAUGAGUAUGAGCGGAUUGACUUCCGUCUGUUUUCAGACCAAGAGGUCCUGAGCUGUGAAGACUAUACCAGCCCUAGUAGCAACUAAAGCCAAAUCAAGGCUCAUGGGUGAGGCCCAGCUUUCCACAGAAAGUAUUGUCAGCUACAGCCAGGAUAGCAGAGGUUUCUGAUGUCUAGAGAAAAUCUAAAAACUAAAAAUCUGCUCUUUGCAUUUUUUCCACUUUUCCUUUCAAUGAGCAUAGUGAAAAUUGUGCCAUCUCUUACAUAACAAGGCUCUUGAACUGGGAGUUUAGAGACCAUGCUGUAGUUUUGGCUCUGCUGUUGGCUUGCUUCAGGCCUCUAGAUAUAUCCCCUGAACUCUUUGGACAUCAAGUCUCCAUUUGUAUAAUGAGAAGAUUGGUGUGGGAUUUCUUUUCUUCCCAUUAAAAGGAGAGGCUGUGUGCUCACUUCCUGCUCUACAAACCCGGGAUUCUGUUCUUGAAUGGAAGCCACAGACUUGUCUUUUCAAAUGAUUCACUGCUCACUUGAGCAUUAGGUGAUGUGUAGGUGCUUUGGCCAGAAGAAAGAUCUGUGUUGUUGUAUUUUUAAUAAGAAAAAUUCCCUCAUCCUUCCAGUCAUGCCCAGACCUGUGCAAAUUCUCUAUCUUAGAAGACUUGAGAAAGCAGAAUUGUAAGGUCAGAUGCUUUCUCCAGCCUUGAUGCUAUGAUCUACCUCCCCUUCCUCAUCUAGAAAACAUUUACUAGGGAGAAAAUGAGAAACCUGUUCUAGCUGCCCAUGACAGUGGUUGAUAAUGGUGCUUAUUGCUUUUGAUACCAUUACCUCUGUUAAAGAUGAAUCUGAGUCAGAGGUUCUUAGCUUACUUCAGCUGCAUCCACCCAUCUCCAGGUGGACAUUCAAACACUGCUACAGAAGUCAACCAAAGUG